UGCGACCAUUAUACAAAAAGAGCAGGAAGAGCGAUCGAGACUCGAGAGCGGCGGAGAAAAAUGGCAUCGAACGCAGCAGCACCAUUCUGGAGAUCAGCAGGGAUGACUUACAUAACCUACUCAAAUCUCUGUGCUAAUCUUGUUAGGAAUUGCCUUAAGGAACCUUACAAGGCUGAAGCCCUUUCCCGUGAGAAGGUCCAUUACUCCAUCUCCAAAUGGGCUGAUGGCAAACCUCAGAAACCCACCCUCCGCUCUGAUACUCCUGAAGAUUGAGAACAAGGGUGGAUCUUGGGAUUUGUUUUUGAUGUUAUAUGAAUUUUUGUACUGUCCUGGCACUGUACAGUGCUUGUCUCAUGGACCUUGCAUUAGCUAUUCAUCUUCUAAUAACAACAUAGUAACUAGACUUUCUGGAUUGAAAACAGCAAACGUGAUUCGAUUAUUAGCAAUAAUCUCUUGGCUGUAAUGUCUUAAAAGCCAACACUCCUCUGUAAUUCAAAAGAUUUUAAGCUUUUGUUCUCAAGCAUAACAAGUGAUGAUUCUUCCUUUA